AUGAUGGAACGGUUCUGUUGGAAGUCUAAAACAAGAAGUGUUUGGAAAGAUCAGCCUGAUUUACUAGACGAUGCAAUGGCACGUAUUCACUCAGAGGCUGCCGUGUUCGAUGCGAUUAUACGCAGUAAGAACACAGCCGUACCAUCGUUGGAGAAAAUCACACGUACCGUGCAAUUUUUGGAACAAAACAGUUUUUGGCGCUCCAAUCCUUUCUCUUUAGUGGCUGGAACUGAGGAUGAUCCAGCAUUGGCACAAGCCACCAGUCGCCUACAAAUGAAAAGUGUACGAGAUUUAUGGGAACCUAACCCGGCUCCCAAAUCAGUGCCCGAAACAUUUGUCCCAAUACACUGUCCGAAAACAGAGUCAUCCUCCGAGCUGAUGGAAAAUUCGGUGGCAGUAGAAACUGGUAAGCCGAAAAUCACAAUGAUUGCACAUAAUGGACAACAGACAAAACAGUCAAUCACCGAUUUGACGAAACGGCCCGAAGCAGUAUAUGUAACUCUGUUAAAUUCCAAAUGUGUGAAUUUCAAAGGACCGAAUGCCGAUAAUUCGUUUGUUGUGGCGUUCAAUUCGAACGGCGGAUUACGCAAAUAUAUGGAUUCUGCUCGAGCAGUAACCCAAUAUUCACCAUAA